AUGGCCUCCGCCGGAGUCUCUCCCCUUUCCUCUGCGGACCAAUCGAAAUCUAGCCUUCAAGGCCCCUGGUGUCUUCACUUCCGCCUCGUCUCCUUGGGUCUAACUCUCUCGUCGACACCGGAGUGUCAGCCACCAGCUCUGAACGGCUCGGGCGGCCGGGGCGGCGAGGCCCGGAGGCGGCGGGGCCGCCUUGCCUGCGCCGCCGCGCAGCACUACGGCAUCGCGGGCUGUGGAACCCUGCUAAUACUGGAUCAAAAUGAAACUGGGCUUAGGCUUUUUAGAAGCUUUGACUGGAACGAUGGUUUGUUUGAUGUGACCUGGAGUGAAAACAAUGAACAUGUGCUGGUCACCUGUAGUGGCGACGGCUCGCUGCAGCUCUGGGACACCGCCAAAGCCGCAGGCCCGCUGCAGGUCUACAAGGAGCACACUCAGGAGGUGUACAGUGUUGACUGGAGCCAGACCAGAGGUGAACAGCUUGUGGUGUCUGGCUCAUGGGAUCAAACUGUCAAACUGUGGGAUCCAACCGUUGGAAACUCUCUGUGCACCUUUAGAGGCCACGAAAGUGUCAUUUAUAGCACAAUCUGGUCUCCCCACAUCCCUGGUUGUUUUGCUUCAGCUUCAGGUGAUCAGACUCUGAGAAUUUGGGACGUGAAGGCAACUGGAGUCAGAAUUGUGGUUCCAGCCCAUCAGGCAGAAAUUUUGAGUUGUGACUGGUGUAAAUAUAAUGAGAAUUUGCUGGUGACGGGGGCAGUCGAUUGUAGUUUGAGAGGCUGGGACUUGAGGAAUGUACGGCAACCAGUAUUUGAACUUCUUGGUCACACCUAUGCUGUUAGGAGAGUGAAAUUUUCACCAUUUCAUGCUUCUGUGCUGGCCUCUUGCUCCUAUGAUUUUACUGUAAGAUUCUGGAACUUUUCAAAGCCUGACCCUCUUCUUGAAACAGUGGAACAUCAUACAGAAUUUACUUGUGGUUUAGAUUUAAGUCUUCAGAGUCCUACUCAGGUGGCUGACUGUGCUUGGGAUGAAACGAUAAAGAUAUAUGAUCCUGUUUGUCUUACCAUGCCUGCUUGAGAUAAGCUACUCCAUUCAGAAGCAAAGGAUAUUGACUGAAGAACAUUGCUUAACAGGAAUUAAAUGAUUGAUAACAGAGAUUUUAUGCUUUUAUAUAUAUUCAGAUUUCAAAUUGUAAGUUUAUUCUGGAAUCAGUUUUGAGGCAGCUGAUAAAGACUUUGGCUCACUAUUUAAGCCUGGUACAUAAGCCAUAUUUCUUAAAAACCUAAGAAAUAAUUGAUGUUAUGGUAUAUCAUAUAGUAUCUAUUAAAAUAUAACCUCUCUACUGUAAAGUGGAUUAAAUAUAGAGGUCUGUAGACUAUAUGAUAGUGAUAUAUUUCAUUUUUAAUUUGUCAUUUUUGAUGUAAAAUAUAAUCACUGCUGUUGAUAAAAAUCACAAUAAACUGCAUCCCUUGGUCAUUUAUGAUUUUAUGACACCCCCAGCAAGGUUGCUUUUUCUAAUAUAGUAUCUAUAUGAGUAUAAUACUGUAUAAUAUAGAGGUAUCUAUGGUUCAGUAGCAGGGUUCUAAUAACUGCUGAAUAAGUCAGCAUGAGUCAGUCAGCCAUACUGAGCAGCUACUCUAUGCUUGACACACAGAAUGAAUGAGAUUCUCUCAAGGAUUGGUGUCUGUCAUGCUUUAAGAACAUGGAAUGCUGAGAGUGAGGGCUUAAUGUGUUUCUUACAUUUAAACAAAUACUUUUAGGUAUUAUAUUCAUGACCCUAUAUUUCUCUCCUCUUAUUUCUCUACUAUUAUAUCAAAAAAAAAAA